UCCUUAUAAACCCUAAUCCCCAAAUUGAAACUGUAAUUUCCUCUUUAAUUGUUGCAAUUUUUCGAAAUGAUUACACUCCGAUCGCUCCAUCUCCACCGAACUCUCCGAUUCCUCUCAAUCCGAAACCCUAAUCCCAUCAUCACCUGCUCCGUAUCCCCAAAUUACCCUCAAUCCCCAAAAAAAUUCCACUCCACUCCCCAACGCCACUUCCCCUCCACCACCGCCGCCGCCGCCGACGCCGAUGCGCCCACCACCUACGGCUGGUCCGCCCUCCACAGUCCUCCUCCGCCUCCCGCCGCCUCAUCUCCUCAGCAAACCCCCGCCGUUCAGACCGUCUACGACCCCGCCACCGGCCGCCUCGUCACCAAGCGCAACCGUCACGGCGCCAAGGAGCCCGAAUCCGGCGGCGCGAAGGCUGAAAUCAAGCCGAUUGCGGAAGUCGGGAGCAGAGUGUACGGGGAUGUGAUUGGAAGCAGUAGCGUUAGGAGCAGCGGGAUUAAGAAGAAGAAGAGCCGGAGCGUCCAUGUGUGCUCGAGCUGCGGCUACUCGGAUGGGCAGUGGUGGGGCACGUGCAAGCAGUGCGGGGAAGUCGGCACGAUGAAGCGGUUCACCACCGAGAGCGCGGGCCGGAAGGUCUCCGGUGUGCGGGUGUCGGAUAAUGCUGUAAGGUCAUGGGUGCUGAGGGAGGCCGCGCCUGUGAAGCUGACUGAUGUUUACGGCCGGGUUGAUAAUUCGAAUUGGCGAAUUCCUCUGCAUGGUGAAUUUGGGGAUGAAGUGGAGAGGGUGCUUGGUGGCGGUUUAGUCCCAGGUUCUUUAGUAUUAGUAGGUGGAGAUCCUGGUGUUGGUAAAAGCACAUUAUUGUUACAGGUUGCUGCUUUGAUAGCGGAACGGAUUGGACGAGUCAUAUAUGUAUCUGGGGAAGAGAGUGUUGAGCAAAUUGGGAACAGAGCUGGCCGUCUUUCUAUUGAGACUGAAGAACUUUUUUUGCAGUCAAGUACUGAUGUCGAAGAUAUUCUAGAACAGGCUCAGCGUCUUUCUCCAAAGGCUUUAGUUAUUGAUUCUAUUCAGACAGUCUACUUAAAUGGAGUGACAGGAAGUUCUGGAGGCGACGUGCAGGUUAAAGAGUGCACUGCAGCCUUACAAAGGUUUGCUAAGAAGACAAACAUCCCCGUGCUUUUGAUUGGUCAUGUGACUAAAACCGGAGAUAUAGCUGGACCUCGUGUGCUGGAGCACAUCGUGGAUGUAGUUUUAUAUUUGGAAGGGGAGAAAUUUUCAUCACAUCGGCUACUUCGAUCAGUGAAGAAUCGGUUUGGCUCCACCGAAGAGCUUGGAGUUUUCAAAAUGUCACAGUCAGGCCUUCAAGGAGUUUUGAAUCCCAGUGAGAUGUUUUUAGCUGAUCCGCACUCUGAUUCAGACUACCUAGCUGGGCUGGCUGUAGCGGUAAUUAUGGAUGGGUCUCGAGCAUUUCUCAUUGAAGUUCAGGCCCUAUGUGUAUCCAGCAGCUCUUCAGUUGUGCGUCAUGUAAAUGGUGUUCAAGGUAGCAGGGCUGACAUGAUUAUUUCAGUUAUUAUCAAGCAAGCUGGACUUAAGCUACAAGAGAAUGGCAUCUUUCUUAAUGUCGUCAGUGGAGUUAGCCUGACGGAGACGGCUGGUGAUCUAGCAAUAGCAGCCGCAAUUUGCAGCAGCUUCUUAGAAUCCCCCAUACCACGCGGCAUAGCAUUCAUUGCAGAAGUUGGUCUCGGCGGUGAACUUCGUAUGGUAUCGCAACUGGAGAAACGAGUAAGCACGGUGGCGAAGCUGGGAUAUAAGAAGUGUAUCGUCCCCAAGCUCGCAGCAAAUUCGCUGUCGGAGAUGCAGGGAGGGCCGGAGACGAUGGAGAUUGUGGGAUGUAAUAAUCUGAAGGAGAUGAUUAACUCUGUUUUCACAAGUAACUGGUGAUGUAAAUGAUCUUAGUCUGUAAAUUUUGUGUGAAUAUGAACUUCAAUUUCCAGACAUUCACUGUGUAUUUUCUAGAUUUUUUAAAAAAUUUUGGACGAUUGAUAACAAAUGAAGGCAUGCCAGGUUGUAUCGUCAA